CGUAGGAGAAUUUCAUCUACCUGCUAUUGUUUUCACCGGCCAAACCGACCCGAUGCCUUCCCAUCGAGUUUUUUUAUUUUUUCUCAUAUCGGCCGUUCCACAUGCCACUCCAUUUUCUUCCCUUUGACUUACUGUUAGCUUUAUCCCUCUCUUUCUUUCUGUGCUUUUUUUCUUUGUUAAAGGUUUGUGCCGUUCACCCUCGCCCUCUCUUCUACUGUUACUGUUCUCCUCCCUCUUUGCGUUCUCCAAGACGUGAAGAUGUUGAAGAGAUUGCUAACGAAGCCCAAGAAGCAGCCCCCCUCGGCGCUUUCCACCUUAGAUCGUCUCCACGAGACACUAGAAAUGUUGGAGAAGAAAGAGCAUGUUCUUCAAAAGAAAAUCUCUGGAGAAGUUGAAAAGGCAAAGGAUUAUACAAAAGCAAAAAAUAAAAAAGUGCAGCAUCAGUUGGCAUAUGACAAAGGACUGAUAAAGCCAGUGAUGGAUCUUACAAGCUCUGCUAUUCAAUGCCUAAAGAAAAAGAAGUUAUAUGAAGCACAGAUAGAACAGCUGGGGAACUUCCAGUUACGAGUUCAUGAUCAGAUGAUCGUGCUCGAAGGUGCAAAGGCAACUACUGACACUAUAGAUGCUCUGCGGACCGGAUCAUCUGCUGUAAAGUCCAUUCAACAGUCAUUGAGCAUUGAUGAUAUAGAGAAGACCAUGGAACAAGCAAACGAGCAUACAGAGAAUAUGAGGCAGAUACAGGAGGCCCUUGCAAUGCCAGUUGGUGCUGCGGCUGACUUCGAUGAGGAUGAACUAGAAGCUGAGCUUGAAGAUCUUGAAGGAGAAGAGUUGGAAGAAGAGCUCCUUCAACCGCCUUCUACGGUCCCUGCCACACGAUUGCCAAAUCCAAAUCAACCUGAGAGAGAAACCCCACGUCCAGCGAGUGAUGUGGAUGAAUUGGCUGCACUUCAGGCAGAAAUGGCUCUGUAGCUUACAGUGCAUGACUGGCACGGGUUUCAAUGUGUCCUCACAUAUCUGGCUAUCCAUCUCAUGCGAUCUUAUCAUGUUGGUCUCCACUCUUUAGUUUUCUGUAGAUAAAUAUUAGAGAAAUAUAAACUUGACCAACAAUGAAACUUGUAUCAUUAUUGGCCUCAAUGUAUUGACUGUGUACUUGUUCUGGAUGUUUUAUCUUGCAUGUCUGAUAUUUUAUCCUCGAGUAAAUGAACUUUGUUA